AAAACGUGAGCGAUUAAUCUUAUUUUCCAUUCCCAUCUAUUACAGAUUUAAAAAGAAAACACACGUUGAAUUCUUGAUUUGAUGGCCGCACUAAUUUUCUCAUUUCGCUUGUUAUAAACAAUAUAAUUUCAGAAGAAAAUAAUAUAAGUAUUUACAGUUAAAAUAGAAAAAUGGAUCCAAAUGUACAAGAUUUAUUAAAUUCUACAGACCUGUUAAACUUUAAUUGGAUAAUUGAAAAAUUCAAUGAACAUGAAGUAUAUUCGUCAAAAUCAUUUAAUAUAGCAGGCAUUCCCAAUGUAAAAUGGUUUAUUGAAAUUUCACCACAAUACGAACAUCCAAAUGAGAGGCAUGAACCAUUGCUACAAUAUAAUGAAAUUCGAAUUUACAAUAGGAUUUCACAUAAUUAUUUUCUUAAGAAUCCAGUAAAAAUAAAAUUGGAAUUAGGAAAAUUUCCAAAUACAAAAAUAAUUCUCAUAACAACAAAAAAUAUUUCAGAUUUUAAAAAAAUAGUUCCAUGUGAUAAUUUACAAAAAUUAACGUACAAACACUUUUCUUCAGAUCUAUAUAUAAAUCUCAGAGUGACACCACUACGUAGUGAACAAAAGAUAAACAAUAUAGUUCCACCUUCGACUAAUUACAAUAAUUUUAAGCCAUUUUUAAUGAGCGAUCACUUAAGUGAUGUUACAUUUAAAAUUGAUAACAAAGAAUUUCCUGCUCAUAAAAUAAUGCUCGCUUCUGCGAGUCCAGUUUUCGAAAAAAUGUUUUCUCAUCAGAUGAAGGAGAAUAUUACAAACACUGUUGAAUUAAACGACACUGAUCCAGACGCUUUCAAAGAAAUGUUGAACUUCAUUUACACUGGAAAUGUUGAUAAUUUAGACAAUGUGGCUUUUGGUCUUUAUAUAUUGGCCAAUAAAUAUGAUAUAUCUAAAUUGAAAAUAAUUUGUGAACAAUAUCUUGAAAAGUGUUUAGCCGUGUACAACGUAAUUUCUAUUUUCGAACUUUCCGAUCGCUAUAAUUCAUUACAUUUAAAACAAAAAUGCAUUGAAUAUAUCGAUAAAAAUUUCACAAAAGUCAAAGAAACUAAAGAGUUUAAUGAUCUGAAUAAAGAAUUAUCAAUGGAAUUAUUAUGUGCCAUAAUCACAAAAGCUAAACUAACAGAAGUUUCGUAAUUUUAUUGAUUUGUCAUUCAACAGAUUUUUUUAUCGCCCUUUUGUUUGAUUGAAAAAAAGUUUACUUUAAAAUACACAAGAACAACAUUUUAAAUAUAUAGCCUUAGUUUUUAAAAUAACGUAAUUGAUGAGUGUUUGAUAAAAAAAAGAAAUUUGAAAUAUUUUAUAAUAUAGAAAUAUUGCUGUUAAUUUUAAAUAAACAAGAAGAACAUCGAACUCAAAUAAUUAUGUUAAUUUGAAAACAUGUUUAACAAAAUUUGAAUGUUUAAUUUAACAAUUUAUGAUUGAACUGCAUUUAUCAUUAGUUGUAUGUGUUUUUGUUCUUGUUUGCAAAAAAAUGAAAAAGAUUUAUGUAUUCAUAUUUUUCUUUUACAAUUUCAAAUUGUUAAUAAUAGAAAAAUUAUAUAUAAACGAAUAAGCUGUGUAAAUGUAUUUUUAAAAUAUAU